GUGUAUUGUUGAGCAUUUUUUUCCUUUUCCAGCUUCCAUGUCCGUCGUCUUGCCUGGUGAGCACGUCCCAGCCCAGCACGUCAACCUCAAGCUUGGUCCUGGGCUUCUUCAAUUAUCGAGCGAGCAGCAAGCGAAGUCAGCUCCUGUUAUCUCUACUCGCUCAGGCAUCCUCAACCACUCAGCUAAUAAGAGCAAGUGGUGGGUGGAAGGCAAUUCAAGACGAUAUGUCCCAGCUCCCCAGGAAAGUGUGAUCGGCGUGGUCACUGGACGGAGUGGUGGUGAAGGCUGGCGGGUCGAUAUUGGAUCUGCGCACCCUGCUUCACUGGAUGGCUUGGCAUUCGAAGGGGCAACCAAGAGAAACAAGCCGAGUCUCAAGGUCGGUUCGCUCCUUUAUGCCCGCGUUUCCUUGGCCCACAAAGAUAUGGAGCCUGAACUCGAGUGCUUCGACGCCCAAAGUCACAAGGCUGAAGGGUUUGGUGAACUAAAGGAUGGCUUUGUGCUACAGUGCAGUUUGCAGAUGAGCCGACUAUUACUUGAUCCUAAACAUUUUCUCCUGCCACUGCUUGGAUCGCGUUUCCCUCUGGAAACGGCAGUGGGAAUGAAUGGAAAAGUAUGGGUCAGCACGAAAGAGACGAAACAUACGAUUGCGAUUGUGCGGUGUAUUGAGGCGGUCGAUCCAGAUGGCGGCGGAAUGGACGAAACUAAUGUAAAGAAGUUUCUUAGUAAAUUAGAUCUAUAGAUUCUGUAUAUUUUCUCAGC